CGAGCAGGGACGGGCGCCGCCGCCGCCGCUAUGGAUCUAUUCGACUUUUUCAGGGACUGGGAGUUGGAGCAGCAGUGUCACUACGAACAAGAUCGUAGUGCACUUAAGAAAAGGGAAUGGGAACGGAGGAAUCAAGAAGUUCAGCAAGAAGAUGGUCUCUUUUCUUCAGGCUUUGAUCUUUUUGGGGAGCCGUACAAGGUAGCUGAAUAUACAAACAAAGGUGAUGCCCUUGCCAACCGGGUCCAGAACACGCUUGGAAACUAUGAUGAAAUGAAGGAUUUGCUAACUAGCCAUUCUAAUCACAAUCAUCUAGUGGGGAUCCCAAAGAAUUCUGUGCCCCAGACACCCAUCAACAAAAAUGAAUCGAGCUUUUUUCCAGAACAAAAGAACCGAAUGAUCCCACCACAUCAAGAUAAUACCCACUCCUCCUCGGCACCAAUGCCUCCACCCUCUGUCGUGAUCCUGAAUUCCACUCUAAUACAUAGCAACAGAAAACCGAAACCUGAGUGGUCACGAGAUAGUCAAAAUACUAGCACUGGACCAGCAAGCCAGGCCAGCAGUCAGCCAAACAAGAUACAGACUUCCACACAGGACCAGCCUCAAGCCAGAUUGGAAGACUUCUUUGUCUAUCCGGCUGAGCAGCCCCAAACUGGUGCAGUUGAAGAGUCAAACCCAUCUGCCAAGGAAGAAAGAAACACCAAGUCUAGUGGAGAAGAGGCUUUCAAAGAAAUCUUUCAAUCCAACUCACCUGAAGAAUCUGAAUUUACAGUGCAAACACCUGGCUCUCCCCUAGUUGCCUCGUCUUUGCUAGCUCCCAGCAGUGGCCUUUCCAUUCAGAACUUCCCACCAGGGCUUUACUGCAAAACAAGCAUGGGUCAGCAAAAGCCGACUGCCUAUGUAAGACCCAUGGAUGGCCAGGAACAGACACCAGACAUCUCUCCAACACUGAAACCUUCCAUUGAAUUUGAAAACAGCUUUGGGAAUCUGUCUUUUGGGUCCCUCUUGGAUGGAAAACCCAGUACUGCCAGUUCAAAGACUAAACUGCCCAAGUUCACCAUUCUCCAAACAAGUGAAGUAAGCCUUCCUAGUGAUCCAAGCUGUGUUGAGGAAAUCUUGCGGGAAUCUCAACAUCUGACCCCAGGAUUCACCUUACAAAAGUGGAGUGACCCAACUAGCAGAGCUUCGACGAAGAUGCUUGAGGAUGACCUGAAGCUGAGCAGUGAUGAGGAUGACCUUGAGCCUGUGAAGACCUUGACCACGCAGUGCACAGCUACUGAGCUGUACCAGGCUGUUGAAAAGGCAAAACCUAAGAAUAAUCCUGUGAAUCCACCCUUGACCACACUCCAGCCCCCGCCCACAGUGCCAGCCAAUGGGGGAUCCGGCAGCUCCAGUGAGUCAGAGAGCAGCUCUGAAUCAGACUCUGACACUGAAAGCAGCACCACUGACAGUGAAUCCAACGAGGCACCUCGUGUGGCCACUCCAGAGCCUGAACCACCCUCCACCAACAAGUGGCAGCUGGAUAAAUGGCUUAACAAAGUAACAUCCCAGAACAAGUCAUUUAUUUGUGGCCAAAAUGAAACACCCAUGGAGACUAUUUCCCUGCCUCCUCCAAUCAUACAACCAAUGGAAGUCCAGAUCAAAGGGAAGUCAAACCCCCGCCAGGUCUUGCCUGAACCCAAAGAACGGCCUCUCCUCAGUCUCAUUAGGGAGAAAGCCCGUCCACGGCCCACCCAGAAAACUCCAGAAUCAAAAGCUCUGAAGCAUAAGUUAUCGACCACUAUUGACACAGCUUCUCAAAGGACAAUUGGGAAGAAACAGCCCAAAAAGGUUGAGAAAAACACCAGCAUUGAGGAGUUUACCUGGCCGAAACCAAAUAUUACCAGCAGCACUCCCAAAGAAAAAGAGAGCGUGGAGCUUCCUGAUCCGCCCAGAAGCCGUAACAAAGCCACUGCCCACAAACCAGUCCCGAGGAAAGAACCAAGGGCUCACAUCCCCUUGGCUGCUGAGAAGAAGAAGUAUAGAGGGCCAAGCAAGAUCGUGCCAAAGUCCCGGGAAUUCAUUGAAUCAGAUUCAUCUACAUCUGAUUCCAACACAGACCAAGAAGAAACCCUGCAGAUCAAAGUCCUGCCUCCCUGCAUCAUUCCUGCAACUAAUAAUGCCAAAUCCAAGGAGACCUCUGCUGCCAACCUAUCUCUCAGCAGCUUGAUCAGCAGCAGCAACAAUAACCCAUCCAUCAAUAAUGAAGAGCCAGCUUUCUCGCCCAUUCCGGCCAUGCAAACUGAGCUUCUGUCCCCUCUUCGAGAUCAUGAGAACCUGAAAAACCUCUGGGUGAAAAUUGACCUUGACUUACUUUCUAGAGUACCUGGCCACAACUCACUCUCAGCCACACCCACCAAGCCAGACCACAAGGAGACUGCCUCGAAACCCAAGCGUCAAACAGCUGCCACAGCUGUGGACAAACCUGCCAUUAAGGGCAAGCGUAAGCACAAGCCAGCAGAAGUCGUGGAGAAAAUCCCUGAGAAGAAGCAACGCCUGGAGGACACCACUACUAUCUGCCUGCUCCCCCCCUGCAUCUCACCAGCCCCAUCCCACAAGCCUCCCCAUGCUAGAGAAAAUAAUUCUAGAAGAGCAAAUAGAAGAAAAGAAGAAAAGCUUUUCCCUCCUCCACUUUCCCCACUGCCAGAGGACCCUCCACGUCGCAGAAAUGUCAGUGGCAAUAAUGGUCUCUUCAGUCUAGACAAAAACAUCUCCAUGACUGGACAGAUCACCUCUACAAAACCUAAGCGGAAUGAAGGCAAAUUCUGUGCUACUUUCAAAGGAAUAUCUGUAAAUGAGAUAGACACUCCAAAAAAGACUGCCUCUGCCACCGUUACUGUCACCAAUACUGCUAUUGCCACUGUUACUGCUACUGCCAUUGUCACUGCCACUGUCACUGCUACUGCUACCGCCACUGCCACAUCCACCACCACAACUACCACCACCACUAUUUCCACCAUCACCUCUACUAUCACUACUGGCCUUAUGGAUAGCAGUCACCUGGAGAUGACGUCCUGGGCAGCCCUGCCCCUCCUAUCCAGCAGCAGUACUAAUGUCCGGAGACCCAAGCUCACUUUUGAUGACUCGGUUCACAAUGCUGACUAUUACAUGCAAGAAGCUAAGAAGCUGAAGCAUAAGGCUGAUGCACUGUUUGAGAAAUUUGGCAAAGCUGUGAAUUAUGCUGAUGCCGCUCUGUCCUUCACCGAAUGCGGCAAUGCCAUGGAACGUGACCCUCUGGAAGCCAAGUCCCCGUAUACUAUGUAUUCCGAGACUGUGGAGCUCCUCAGGUAUGCAAUGAGGCUGAAGAACUUUGCAAGCCCCUUGGCUUCCGAUGGGGACAAAAAGCUAGCAGUGUUAUGCUACCGAUGUUUAUCACUUCUCUACUUAAGGAUGUUUAAACUGAAGAAGGACCAUGCUAUGAAGUACUCCAGAUCACUGAUGGAGUAUUUUAAGCAAAAUGCUUCAAAAGUUGCUCAGAUACAGUCUCCAUGGGUAGGCAAUGGAAAGAACACACCAUCCCCUGUGUCUCUCCACAACGUCUCUCCGAUCAACACAAUGGGGAACUGCAACAAUGGCCCUGUCACCAUUCCCCAGCGCAUUCACCACAUGGCUGCUAGCCAUGUCAACAUCACAAGCAAUGUGCUGCGGGGCUAUGAACACUGGGACAUGGCCGACAAACUGACAAGAGAUAACAAAGAAUUCUUUGGCGAUCUGGACACAUUGAUGGGGCCCCUGACCCAGCACAGCAGCAUGACCAAUCUUGUCCGCUACGUUCGCCAGGGACUGUGUUGGCUGCGCAUCGAUGCCCAUUUGUUGUAGUGGGUGCUCUCCUAUGUCUAGCAUCACUGCCCAUCACCCUACCUCUACCAGCGUACUGAUGGUCACUGGUGGAACCUCAAGCAUCUGGGAUAGUUCUCUUUGGUUGUGUUUGUUUUUUUUAUGUUUCUUUUGAUAUCUGUGAAAAACUGAAGUCAUUGUAAGUGGACACUACAACUUGAAAGCCUUGUUAUGUUUUAUUACCUUUGAGUUUUUGAUAUGCA